UGCUGACAGUUAGCCACCUAGCCGAAUAUGGGAUGGAACGUUAGCUUAAUGUUAGCUUAAGUUCAAGUCUAGCAAUAAAAUGUUUAAUUAAUUUAAUAAUAUAAUUAUUCAGCGAAUGUUGUGUAAAUGAUUAUCACCCCGAGUUUUGCGCAAUAUUUUGCCGAUUUUAUUAUAUAAAUAGUUUUUUUUAUCGUUAACGUACUCAUGUUUGAGUUCUGCCAACAGAACGUUACAUAAUGAAAGACGUCGUCAACUGCAGGCAAGAAACUAGCUAACGACUGUUAUUCUAGAAGACGCUAGGCACCAGAAAACCUAACAACGGGUGAAAGCUGGGAUUGUAACUUAGCAUCUGUGGGGCUGAAAAAUCAAUACACAUUGAGGUUGAACCUAUUCCGACGAGUAUAGUAGAGAAUCGACUACCAGUGAAGUUCAAGGGAUAUUAUAGUGCUUUGACCAUGAGACGGAGCCCAAGGAGACCCCUAAUCCUCAGAAGAAGAAAAUUACCUUUCUUUCAAAAUGAGCCAAUGGCAUCCGGCACACAGGACCCGCCUGAUGCACCGGGUUCCAAAGAACCUUCAAAACCGGUUGCCUGUCAGUACUUCACGGAUGGUAUCCGCAUUAUGGAUCACCCUUCCAUGUGUGACACUCAGGUGGUUGUAAUUCCCAAAACAGCAGAUCUGCAAAGUGUCAUCGGAGCCCUCACUGCUAAAGGCAAAGAGUGUGGUCCCCAGGGCCCAAACAAGUUUAUCCUUCUGAGCGAGGACAGUGGAUCUCUUAGCCAGACUGCUGCUGAAAGGAAAUCUGGUUCCAGGAGUGCAGCUGGACCGCCAGUGAGAGGAGGACCCAUCUCUCCUGAAGCUAAACUACUCACUGGAAUCAAACCAUUAAGUAAGGAUGCAAAUUGCAGCCUUUUAGAUGACAGCCUCACCAAUAUCCAGUGGCUGGGCAAAAUGAACACAUGUGCCUUAGAACCACAUCCUGCAGUGCAGAUGAGAAAUAAGGAGAACCAGAUUCAAACGUCAGAGACUUCCCAGGCUUACAAUAUGUAUACCAAAGCAGAAAUCGCCCAGCAACCGAUGUUGGAGAGGCCACCGUACUCGUACAUGGCCAUGAUCCAGUUUGCAAUAAACAGUAGGAAGAACAGGAAGAUGACGCUGAAAGAGAUUUACAUGUGGAUUGAGGACAAUUUCCCUUACUACAGAGAGGUGGCCAAACCAGGAUGGAAGAACUCCAUCCGCCACAACCUUUCUCUGCACGACAUGUUCGUUCGUGAGGCGUCCCCAGAUGGUAAAAUCUUCUUCUGGACUAUCCGUCCUGAAGCCAAUCGGUGCCUCACUCUUGAUCAGGUGUAUAAGCCUGGUUGUGACUCAAUGACAGCUCCUGCUUCUGGGCCAGUGCUUUUAUUUCCACACCAACAACAGAAGAAGAUGACUAUGGAAGCAAGAAAAACACCCACUUCUGAGAAAAGGAUGAAACCUCUUCUGCCUCGAACCGAGUCCUACUUGGUUCCCAUCCAGCUCCCCGUUGCCUCCACGGUGUAUCUGCCAACCUCGGUUGCCUCCUUUACUCCUGCUUCCUCCCAGCAGAAACAGAGCACUUCACGAGGAGCCAAAAGAGUCCGCAUAGCUCCCAAGGUGACUCAGAGCAACUUCCCAGCUGUGGCCUCAUCUCCUCAGAGGAACAAAGACCUGAAGAUGGAGGUGAAGCAAGAACCCAUAUGUGUUCCAAUUAAAUGCGAGACUCCCAAAGCCGCCCCCCCAAAGAGACAAGCCAGCAGCUCUCGUCGCAAACAGCGCCUGGUUCACUCUCUCCAUGAGGAGCCUGUCCUCCUCUGCCCCAACAAUACUUUCUUUGACUCUGGCGUGGCGUCCGAUGGGUCUGCCUUCCAGGAUGUCCGAGAUUCGGAGCUAGAUGAGCACCAGCACACUCAGAACAGCCCAGACCGGGACUUUUCCUUCAAGACCCCCAUAAAAAGUAGCAGCCACCUGACCUCCUCCACUCCGACCAAGCCACCCUUGAAUGUUGUUGUUGAGCCCUGGAAAGUGACGCCAGUGGGUAAAGGGACCCAAACUGUCCUGGAAGUCAGCCCUAUUCGCACACCCGGCGGUCCCGCAGUCACCCCCCGACACGACUACACCACCUUCAGCUUCGGCAGCACUCCCUUUAAAGACCUGCCUCUGUUCAGCUCGCCCAGGGAGCUGCUCACACACGCUCCCACCAGAGCCUCCACACCAGCAGAGUCGCCCCCCAGACACCUCCCACGCUGGGGAGCCCCCACACCGGCUAACCGCUCACUCACCGAGGGCCUCGUCCUGGACACCAUGAACGACAGCCUGAGCAAGAUCCUGGUGGACAUUAGCUUCUCAGGUCUGGAUGACGAGGACCUGGAAACCGCCAACAUCAGCUGGUCUGAGUUCCUCAACCAGUUUAAGUAGCCUGAAGGCUGAAAGUGUGACCUGGUGAAGCUGAAUGUUACAAACACUACAGGUGAGAAAGCAGACGGUAAAAUCCAAAGCAAAAGCAAACUGAUCCCUGCUGACUGUAAUCUGAUCACUUCAGGAAGUAAGUGUCAGUAUUUUUAUAAGAGUUAAUGCACUUAGUAGAGGAGUCAGUUGAUGCUGCCAUCUUUGUAGUUCUUUAAAUGGGCACUCUGUCAUUCGGAUUCUUUUAUUUGGGGUAAUUUAUUCAGGCACUUUCAUUGCCUAUGACAUCUUUUUAAUAACUUCUAACAAGGCUCACAGAGAGGUGAGGAAAGGCUUGGCCUCCUCCAGAUUUGGAUUAUUCUGGUUUGCUUUCUUUGCUUCUGCUUUCUUCUGCAUGUUUCUGGCUGCCAUGUAGAGUAAACUCAUCUUUUUAACUAACAGAGAGGCUUUAGUAACCGAGCAAAACAAAAUCACGUGGCCUCCUUUUCUGUCUCACCACUUCUCCCCGUCUGUCUUAGAAGUAUUGUAUGAGAAGAGAAAUAUUGAAGUGUAUUUGUUGAUUUGCACAUUUUUAAUAUAUGAUUUACAGUUUCCGUCGAUAAACGUUAAAGACGUGAUGUUAGCUGAUCAGCUAGCAGGUUUCCACAAUUUUCUUUCAUGGAACCAACAUAUACUAGCAGUAAAUAGCACUAACAGCAGUAGAGUUGUCUUCGUAUGCGAGUCAUAGAGAUGUCCUGCUCACUUCUAUUUUCCAGUAAAUGUGCCAGCAUCAGCGUCAGGGCACUUUCUACUUACAGGAAAUCUUUUUAAAGCAGCAACUGGGAAGUGAAGAACAUACAGGAUAUUUUCUAUUUGACUGGCACCGCUGGUCUUAACGCUCACUGAGAAUACAGAUCUUUUUUUUUUUUUUUUUUUUUUGCCAUGAAGCACGAGCAGGGAAAACGUCUGAUUCUCAGCUUGUUUUUGUGCAGCAGCUUCGUCUGACGACGCUGUGAUAAUGUGUGGCUUCAAUAAGUUCGGUGACAUUUUCAAUCGUGCAUAAGAGGAUCUGUGCUGGAAGUUUGUGAUGGUAACGGAUGACCAUGUUUCCAGCUGUUUACAAGCUUCCACUCGUUCUGUUUCCUGAAGUUGUCACAGGGACAAAAUAUUUCUAGUUCCACAUUAAACAUCAGGACCUUAUGCAGUCAUGCUUUGACAAAAAUCCAUUUCAGGCUGAUUUACUCAGAUUACAUUGAAACUGUGGUGAAGAAAAGAUGAUGUGCAUCUUCUUCCUCAGUGUUGAGCUUCCUGUGUUUUGUAUCUGGAAAACUGCACAGCAUGACUGUUCAUUUCUAUUUAUGUUUGAAUACAAGUCUAAACAAUUAAAAGAUUAUUCUUGA